AGGAAAGAUCGCAGAGAAGAAGCCGGGCUUAGGGAGCGUCGCGUUUUCCUCUGCUUUGUCUUAUAUAUUGUCAUAUAUUUGUCGUUUUCUUUUUUAUUGAAAAGUGAAGAAAGUACCGUCAUGUUAAAAUUGCUUGUAUUUUCGGCAUGUAUAGCUCUCCACUCCGCCUCUUCAUUGCCAACUCCAUCCUCGCCAACUGUUUUUCCAAGGGUGAGGUCUUUCCAAGGAUUCUUAGUGACAUCUGAACCCAUUGACUAUGGGGAUUCCUCAGAAGGCAAAGGACUUGUCCCCAAACUAAAAUUCAACGUCACCAAAGAGGUCAAGGAGUAUCUCACUGGUCCUCUGCUCACUGUCUUUGUCCCUUCCAUCUACACGCUUGUGUUCAUCAUCAGCAUUCCACUUAACAUCGCCGCCAUCCUCUUCUUCAUCGGAAAGAUCCGGCCCUCGAAGCCGGCCGGAAUUUACAUGAUCAAUCUGGCUGUGGCGGACCUGUUGUUCGUGUCGCUCCUGUCUUUCAAGAUAUCCUAUCACUUCAACGGCAAUGACUGGGUGUUUGGCUCUGCAAUGUGCCGCAUUGUCACAUCUGCAUUCUUCUUGAAUAUGUACUGCUCCAUCCUCCUCAUAAUGUGCAUCAGUGUGGACCGUUACCUGGCAGUCGUCUAUCCUAUUGAAUCACGGAUAUGGCGCAGUCCCCUGAAAGCUGUGGCGGUUUGUGGCUUCAUGUGGUUCCUGGCAUCCGUAGGAGUGACCCCUCUUCUCAUGUCCAAGCAGGACCUCCACUUGACCCUGAAUAUAACCACCUGCCAUGAUGUGCUGGACAUCAAUCAGAUAAAGGACUUCUAUGUUUACUUCUUCACUAUCUUCACCUCCAUCUUCUUCUUUGUACCCCUAAUUGUCACCACCUUCUGCUAUGUGCGCAUCAUCCAGGUCCUCUGCUCCACCAGCACUGUGAAGCACUCCAAGAGGACCCGGGCCAUUGUGAUGGCUGUCAUUGUGUUUAUCAUCUUUGUGGCCUGUUUCGCCCCCACCAAUGUCAUCCUGUUCACCCACUACCUGCAGCUCACUCGUGGUUCUUCUGAGAGAUCCUACAUGGCCUACCUUUUGUCUGUAUGCAUUGGUAGCAUCAACUGCUGCCUGGACCCGCUCAUCUACUACUUUGGGUCGUCCCAAUGCCAGAAGCAGGUCGCUAGAAUCCUGUGUUGUAAGGCUGCGGCAGACAGGAGACGGGCCUCUGAGUACACCAGCUCAAGCAAGAUGGACACCUUCCAGGUAAACAUAAGCGACCCAUACAAAAAGCUGAUGACCUGAUUCUCCUACAGGGAUCUAGAGAGGAUGAUGCUGACUUGGUUAACAUUGAAUCUGAAGAUGGAAGUUAUGUUUCUCUUAUUUUUCUAUUCCUUUUUGACUGUAUUGUUUAAAGAACAGCCAGCUGGCCAACCCCUACCACAACACAGGGCACAAGGCUGGAUGUCAGUAUAAAUAUAGUUGUUGUUCUGCUUUUGUUACCCAUAAUUAUUUUGUAAUGUAUGGAUAUUUAAUAUGAAUGAUUCUGUACUAGGGCUGGGCGAAAUCUUAAAAAAAAAAACUAAAUGCAUUAUCUUAAUUUAAAAAAUGGGUGGCACGAUGGUGCAGAGGUUAGCACUGUUGCCUCACACCUCUGGGUUCACAGUUCCAGUCUCCACCAAGGCUCCAUGUGUGUCGAGUUUGCAUGUUCUCCUUGUGACGUUGUGGGGAGUCCAUCGGGAACCCCGGCUUCUUCCCACAGUCAAGUAAUUUUCUGAUCAUCUGCUAAGUUUUAAGUGUGAUUUUUAUAUAGCUUUUUCCUGGGUUAUUCCCUGCCAUGUGCCUGGAGCUCCCGGGACAGGCUCUGGACACCCCAUGACCCUCCAUAGAAAAUGGAUGGAUGGCUUUUCAUAUAACUGUGUGAUCACUAUUGAACAUUUUGCUCUUUUACUGUAAAUAUACAGUGUGUAUAUGAUAAAUAUAUGUAUAUCUAAUAAAUUUUAUUUAACCGCAA